AUGAGUGGCCCGAGGCAAGGCUCAUCGCAGCCGCAGUUCAUGACUAGUGUCGGGCAGAACAACAAUCUCUCGAAUGGACCGGGGACUCCUCUCAUUGACAGCAUAGAUGUUGAUCAGAUUGUCAUCCCCGAGAAAAAUAGCUGGAAGAACUUAUUUUCAUACAUAGGGCCCGGCUUUCUCGUCUCUAUCGCGUAUAUCGAUCCUGGCAAUUUUGAGACCGACCUACAGGCUGGAGCACAAUACAAAUAUGAGCUUCUUUGGAUCAUACUUAUCGCGUCAUGUGCUGCACUUGUAAUUCAAUCACUUGCAGCCAGCCUUGGGGUUGUGACUGGGAAGCAUCUUGCUGAGCACUGCAGGGAUGAAUAUCCCAAGGUCACAAAUUUCAUCUUAUGGAUUCUUGCAGAACUGGCUGUAGUUGCGUGCGACAUUCCUGAAGUAAUUGGAACCGCUUUUGCUUUGAACAUGCUCUUCAAAAUUCCGAUAUGGUGUGGUGUUCUCAUAACUGGGCUCAGCACUCUGAUGCUCCUGUUCCUGCAACAAUAUGGGGUCCGUAAACUGGAAUUUCUGAUAGCAUUUUUGGUAUUCUUGAUAGCAACUUGCUUCUUAGUUGAACUUGGGUAUUCUAAACCAAAUUCUUCAGAAGUUGUGCGAGGCCUUUUUGUUCCUGAAAUUAAAGGAGAUGGAGCUACAGGUCUUGCUAUCUCACUACUUGGUGCUAUGGUGAUGCCGCACAAUCUUUUUCUCCACUCAGCAUUGGUACUGUCAAGAAAAGUACCACGAUCAGUUCAUGGGAUCAAAGAGGCCUGUAGAUUCUAUAUGAUUGAAAGUGCAUUUGCCCUCACAGUAGCAUUUCUGAUCAACAUCUCUAUCAUAUCUGUUAGUGGUGCAGUUUGCAGUGCAGAUAAUUUGAACCCUGAAGACCGGAUGAAUUGCAAUGAUCUAGAUCUUAACAAAGCUUCAUUCUUGUUAAAGAAUGUCCUCGGAAAUUGGAGCUCAAAGGUGUUCGCUAUUGCCUUAUUGGCAUCUGGCCAGAGUUCUACGAUUACAGGAACUUAUGCAGGACAAUAUGUCAUGCAGGGGUUUCUGGAUCUUCGGAUGACGCCCUGGUUACGGAACCUUCUAACUAGGUCCCUGGCAAUUGUGCCUAGUCUGAUUGUGUCACUAAUUGGCGGUUCCUCAGCAGCUGGGAAGUUGAUUAUCAUUGCUUCGAUGAUUCUGUCAUUUGAACUUCCUUUUGCUCUAGUACCACUCCUUAAAUUCACCAGCAGCAAAACAAAGAUGGGGCCACACACAAAUUCAAGAUUCAUCUCCGUGCUCACAUGGGCGAUCGGCUCCUUCAUCAUGGUCAUCAACAUCUACUUCCUGAUAACGAGCUUCGUCAGGCUGCUUCUUCACAGUGGACUAUCCACCGUCUCCCAAGUGUUCUCCGGUAUAUUUGGGUUCCUCGGCAUGCUGAUAUACAUCGCCGCGAUCCUCUACCUCGUCUUCAGGAAGAACAGGAAGUGUACCUUGCCAUUGCUGGAGAGUGACGCGAAGCUUGGGGACGCAGGCCACACCGAGGGAGAAGGUUCUCUGGGUCAUCUUCCGCGAGAGGAUAUCUCCAGCAUGCAGCUUCCUCAUCAGCGCCCUGCGUCUGAUUUGGACUAG